CAUCCGCCGCUGCUGUCUGAGCUCGGUCAGGUGUUCGUCGUACAACCACGUAAACUUUGCAUUUGGUAAACUGAUUGGAUUUUGUUUGGGGGGGAAAAAAAAUACAGUCGAGGCCAUGCUCAGACGGAUACUUCAAAUGACUCCUGGGAAGGGGGGCUCCCAGAAUGCAGAGUCGGAGCAGCCCAGCACAGACCUCAACCACGAUCAGACGUCUGAGGGCUUCAUCUGUCCUCAAUGUAUGAAGUCUCACAACUCUGCAGAGGAGCUGUUUAAGCACUAUGAGCUGUUCCAUGAUACUGGAGACCUGCCAGCUCAUAUGGCCCCCACUAGGGAAGACCUUACUAUGCUGCGGCAAGAAGUUCAGGACUUGCAUGUUACUCUCAAGGAGGAAAAGUGGUUCUCUGAAGAGCUCAAGAAGGAGUUAGACAAAGUCCAAGGACAACUGAAGCAAAAUGAUGGACAGAUGACCACAGAGGAUGCAGUCCUUGAAAAGAAGUUGAAUGAAGCAGAGACAGAAAAGUUCAACAUCAAGCAAAUGAAAGACCUGUUUGAGCAGAAGGCUGCCCAGCUGGCCACGGAGAUAGUAGACUUAAAGUCCCGCUAUGAUGAGGAGAAGAGCCUAAGGGAGGCUGCUGACCAGAGGCUGGGCCAACUGACCGAACAGCUACAGAAAGAGAAGCAGGACAAUGAGAGACUCCAAACAGAACUGCUGCAGCGGCCGGGAGUGGAGGAUGUGGAGGUACUGCAGAAGGAGCUGGUGCAGGUCCAGACACUGAUGGACAGUAUGACCCGAGAGAGGGAGGUAGAGACCGAACGCCUCCAAUCCCACUAUGAGCAGCUGCAGGCUAACUACACUACCUCAGAGACGACCAUAUCCCAACUAAAAGCAGAGCUGGAGAAGGGUCCACAGGAAGCAGCUGUCUACACGCAACAGAUUCACCAGCUGCAGAGCAAUCUGAAUAAUUUGCAGCAGCAAAGCCAGAGCUUGUCUGAAAAGCUUGCACGUAAGGAGAAAGAGUACCAGGAACUGGAGGAGCGUCUGGGAGCUGAGAAAGCUGCCAAGAAGGGAGCUCAAGGCAGCCUGAGAGAGAGGGAGCUGGAGGUUCAAGAGCUCCAGACUCGGGCCACAGGGACCGAAACCUCCCUGAAAAAGGCCCAGACGGAGCUUGGAGAGAGGGUUGAGGAGGUGGCAAAAUUGAAGAGUGAGAUUACGGAGCUGGAAGUGAAACAUGCAGAGCUGAAGGUUGAGAGGAAACAGUUGGAACAGCAAAGGGAAGAUAAAGACAACCAAGGAGCUCAGCAGCAGACUGAGAUCAGUCAACUGCAUGCCAAACUGCUGGAGGCAGAGAGGCAACUGGGGGAAGUGCAAGGUCGUCUUAAAGAACAGAGGCAGCUUUCUGGGGAGAAACUAAAAGACCGCGAGCAGCAAGCCGCCGACCUACAGCUCAAACUGUCCCGUGCAGAAGAACAGUUGAAGGAGAGUGCCAGUAAGAAUACAGACGUGCAGCAACAGCUGGAGAAAGCCAAGCAGCAGCACCAGGAGCUGCAGGCGCUGCAGCAAAACACAAAUGGCAAACUCCGCGAGGCUCAGAAUGACCUGGAGCAGGUGCUGCGUCAGAUUGGAGAUAAGGACCAGAAGAUCCAAAAUCUAGAGGCUCUGCUGCAGAAGAGUAAGGACAUCGUGAGCCAGCUGGAAACUGAGAGAGAGGACCUGUGUGCCAAGAUCCAGGCUGGUGAGGGAGAGACGGCUGUGCUCAACCAGCUAAAAGAGAAAAACCAUGCACUACAAGAACAGGUCACACAGUUGACAGACAAGCUGAAGAACCAAUCAGAGAGCAACAAGCAAGCCCAGGAUAACUUACAUGACCAGGUCCAGGAGCAGAAGACCCUGCUGCGUUCAGCCCAGGACCGAGCCCACACCCUGGAGACCUCCGUCACUGAAUUCACCACCCAGCUCGCAGGCAGCAAGGAGAAGGUGGCCCAGCUAGAUGCUCAGCUGAAGGCAAAGACCGAGAUGCUGCUGUCUGCAGAAGCAGCCAAGGCUGCACAGAAGGCUAACCUGGAAAACAACCUGGAGACGGCUCAGCAUGCACUGCAGGACAAACAGCAGGAGAUGAAUAAGGCUCAGAAGAAGUUUGAGGAGCAGGCCCAAAAGCUCAAGGAGAGACAGGAGCAGUGCACACAGCUGGAUGCCAGUCUGAAGGAAUGCAAAGACAAACUAAUGGCAUCAGAACAGCGCAUAGAGCAGCUGGAGGGGCUUAAUAAGAAAUUAGAGUCACAGGUGGGGGAGCUGCAGGCCACACGGGACCAGGUGCAGCAAGAAGUGCAGAAGCUGCAGAAGGAGGGGUCAGAGGUCAAACGGAAAGCAAAGGAGCUGCAGCGCUCGCUGGAAACGGAGAAAGCAGGGGCUACAACACUACAAGAGGAGUUGAAGUUAAAAGGAGCUGCUUUGAGUGACAUUCAGCAGCAGCUGGAGCGCAGCGAGCAGGACAAAGCAGCUCUGAAGGUGAACCUGGACAAGGUGACCCAGGAUGGGAACACUAAGCAUGCAGAUCUGGACAAGAAAGCUCAGAGCCUGACAGUAGACCUACAGAAGGCCCAGCAGGAGAAAGAGGCUCAAAGGAAGGAGCUUGCCUCCACACAGGAGAGUCUAGGAAAGGCUAAUAAGGCACUGAAAGAGAGUCGGAGUCAACUGGACACAGAGAGGAAGAACCAUAAGUCAGUCCUGGAGGAGAAGGAAAAGUCCAAUGAGAAGGCCAGACAGGAGCUUCUUAAGAACAAUGAGGCCAUCGCCAAGGCAAUGAAAGAAUCGCAAGAGCAGUUGCAGCAGAUGGGAGAGGCAGAGAAAAAGUUGAAAGUACAGCUGACCACGUUGGAGCAGCAGCGCUCUAACACUCAGGGGGCGCUGAAGGAAAAAGAGAAGGAGUUGGAGAAGCUGCGGGCACAACUUAAGACGGCCCAGGGGUCCUUUGAGGAGGAGAUAAAGACACUGAAGGGCCAAGUGACAGAGUUGCAAGAAGUUAAUGUCAAGAAGAUGGAAGAGGAGAGUAAGCUGACGGCUCAGGUGUCUGGUCUCGGCCAGGAGCUGGCCUCUGAGAAAAGCCGGACGACAGAGCUGCAGAAGGCGUUGGAGCAAAGCCAGGAAAGCCUCACUAAGCUUCAGUCUGACUUCUACGGCAAGGAGUCGGAGGUCUCUGCCCUGCGUCAAGACCUGAAGGCAUCAGAGGAGAAGCUCACCGUGGCUUUGGAGGAGCUGUCCGCUAACCGAAGCCACCAGACAGGUUUAGAGGCUCAGAUCCAGGAUCUGCAGAAUGGCCGAGUCUCUUUGGAGCAAGAGCUGGAAAAACGGGGCCAGAAGCUCCAAAAGCAAGAGCAAACCCUGAAGGAACUACAGAAGCAACAGGGUCAAGUGAAGGAGGAACUGGAGAAGGAGAAGAGCAAAGUUGAGGAGCUGAACAAAGCCAAGACUGUACUGGAAAAGAAUAACACCAGACUGAUUUCUGAAGUAAAAGCACUAACGGAGAAGAGCGAGAAGGAGCUGGGUGAGUUGCGGGAAGUCAAACAGCUGUUGAUCCAGCAGAAACUGGAGCUGCAGGGUCAGAUGGAGGCCGCACAGAAGACCCUCGAGAAGGAACAGAAAGAGCAUCAGGCCACCAGGGACAGCCGGGGCCAAAGGGAGGAGCAGCUCCUUGCACAAACCAAGAAUGUCCAGAAUCAGUUGUCGGCAGAGAAGCGGGCCAGAGAAGAGCAGGUGAAGCGUGGGGAGGAGGCAGAAGCUAAGAUGGGUGUGCAGGUGACGGCUCUGAAUGAAAACGUGGCCACGCUGAAGAGAGAGUGGCAGGGCAGCCAACGGAGAGUCGGCGAACUGGAGAAGCAGACGGAUGAGCUGAGAGGAGAGAUCGCUGUGCUGGAGGCCACCGUCCAGAACAACCAGGACGAGAGACGGGCUCUUUUGGAGAGGUGUGUGAAGGGUGAAGGCGAGAUAGAGAAACUGCAGGCCAAGUUGGUGGAGCUGAGGAGGAAAGUGGACGACACGACGGCAGCCAUGCAGGAGCUCGGCAGAGAGAACCAGUCGCUGCAGAUCAAGCAGUCCCAGAGUUUGACCAGGAAGUGGGCCGAAGAUCACGAGGUGCAGAACUGCAUGGCCUGUGGGAAAGGCUUCAGCGUGACCAUCAGGAAGCACCAUUGCCGACACUGUGGCAACAUUUUCUGCGCCGAGUGCUCACUGAGGAACGCCCUCACGCCGUCCUCUAAAAAGCCAGUACGGGUCUGUGAGACCUGCUUUGAGGAGCUCCAAGGCUGAUUUCCCUCUCAUCACUUUACCUCCCCCAAAUAUCCUCCCCCACCCCUUUUCCCUUAUUCCUACUUCAGCCGGCAGAAGAAGGCGUGUCUUUGUCAUAUUUAAUGUGCACUAUUAAGGACAGACCCAGUGCAAAGACUCCCACCUGCAUGUGACUUUAUGGCUCUGUUGUGGAGGGAAAUAACUGAAGGGUUUUGAUGAGGAGACACCAGAGCCACAUGAUGGGAUCGGAUUGGGGUGGGAUUGGUCGGGAUUGUCUGUAUCUGUUUUUGUGCCUUUGCUACUCCUGUGGGCUGCCAGAGAGCGGAGACAGUGAGAACUAAACACCAUCCAUCUCUUUAAGUCCAUACUCGCAUCUCCAUCGAUGUUUGGAAUCAUUAGCAAGUGCAAGGUGAUUGGUGUGUACGUUGUAAGAUGUGUGACGUCAUCUGUCUGGAAGUGAAAGGUCAGAGUGACACUGCCGGAGUGACUGGGGGAAGUAAAUAUUGUCACGGUGAUGUUGAAAAUCACUGCUGCCCUACAAAGGUAAAUGCAGGUAACUAUUUUGUGAAGAAAAUAAAUUUCUGUAAAUACUAUAUAAAUGAUAGUAUGAUGUGUUCUGUGUACGACCACAUCGAUCUGAUAUUGAAAUUCAGCUUUGUAUUGGAAAAAGGCACACUCAAGUAAUCAAUAAGUACAAACAUAUGUUUUGGAUAUUUUUCAGAUUUUUUUUAAUUUAAUGUGUGUAAUGCAGAUUUGACAUGUGAAUAAGAAAGUGUGUUGAAAUAGGUUGAAGCCUUGUUUUUUUUGAGGAACAUACUUCAAAUUUAUUUUUAGCAAAUCCUAAUUUGUACUCUAACAGAAUUAAAUGCUGUCAACAGUUCAUUUGGCCCCAAAACGAGUCGACCAAAGCUUUUUAGUUUAUCAGCUUUACUUUAGUUAUGGACAGGAUUUCAUAAAAAUAUUAAAUAGUGAUUUUAAAUUGAAGAAUAUGCAUUAUGUAUUGUAUAUUCACAUAGGUUGUACAGUGAAACACAACAAAGGCAAAUUUAUUACAGCUCCAAAUUUUAGGGUCAAACGUCAUUUUUCUGUUUCAUAAAUGUUCAAACUGUCCUUUUAGAAAACAACACAUCAGUCGAUUUUUGCACCAGCGAUUUUUCAGCACAGGACUUGAGUUCGACCUGAUGUUGAAUCAGUUACUGCAUUUUUCCUUUGUGUGGCAGCGUGUUUGUGUGUUUGAUGAAAUUGAUGUAUUCAGCCUAUUUCAUGACCAAAGAAUGUCUGCAGCAGGAACACAGACCAGAUGAAAACCAUGAGCUUGUUUCAUAUUUCAGUAUUUUUCUAAGCGUGAUGCUUCUGAGUUUUAAAUCACAGGGUCCUACAUUUUUGUUUUAAUCAUAGCAUGAAUGCCCAUCUGAUAGGCUUUGUGUCAGUUUCAGCUGUGCCACAUUUCUCUUUGCGUGUUUAUUUCUGCAAACUGUGGUGCUUUCUACAGACUGUUAAUGCAGUCAUUGAAGUUGCCUGUGUGUUUUUGUUUUUAAGUUUUAUUUCCCUGCUGCUCCUCUCCACUCAGCGGCACUGAUAACAAUACUGCUGGAGCUGUGCGUUAGUGUAUGUAUGUAUGUAUGUGUGUGUGUGUGUGUGUGUGUGUGUGUGUGCGCGCUCUGCUUUGAAGCAAUAACUGUGGCUGUGUCAUGUUGCUGUAACAGAGUAUGUGUUUUAGCGCUCAGGCCUGCUGUGUGUGUCUGCAGAGAUGCUCUCUAUGAACGUUGGCUGCUCAGAACCUCAGUAUCUCUCUGGCGUGUUGUUCGGGGACGUCCGUGCUGCUUUCAGGCGCAGCGGUUGCCGUCGGUUGUCUGUCCAACCCGUGUGCAGCUGAGGACACUUUAAAAGUUAAUUCCUGCUUUGUAUAAUUUAUAAUUGUUGACAGAAUUUUGGUAAGAUCUUUUGUGCAAUUGUCUAAAGACUGGAGCAGACGAAAAACACUGUAAGCCGAGCGACAAUGCAGGCUGUUAAGACAUUUUGCAACAAGCAGCUUGUUUUAGACUUUGGCUUACCUAAUUAGAUAUUUAUGCUUGUAUGCUCAAACAACAUUGUCAAUUUCAGUUGCAAACUCUCAAGAGAACCUGUGUUGCAUUGGUUUUGUUAUGUCUACCUCAGAUUGGCACAGGAAAAGCACUAUUUCUAAACCUUGGAGAUCACAAAUAUUUCAUCAUUGCCUGCAUUUGAUCAAGGAUUUGUGGUUUAUCUAUCAAGCUGUACAGUCCCUUAAAACCUAGAGAGAUGAUUUGCACCUUAUUGUAUUCUGGGCUUGUCCGUAUGAGAACCCAGCCACGAACGUAGGACCACCGACUUUAUACAGGCUUCAGCAUUUCUAGCCUCGAUGUACUUAACUGCUCAUUAAUAAUAAUAAGGCUGUCAUAAUUAUCUUUGUAAAUGUUUGUAAUGAAAGAGAAAAUGGAAAUAUAUAACACUUGUGGAUGUAGAAACAUGACAAAAGUGAAAAUGCGUGUGGACUCAUCAGUGUCUUACUUAUUUUUUUAAUUUUAAUUUUUCACAACAAAAAAAAAAAAAAAAGGCACCACACAUCUGAACACACUGAAUUGUGGCUUGCUUCAUGUUGCUGCCAGUUAUCAUGCAUGAUGACUUAACUGGCCUGUGGUUCACAUGUGUUCUCCAUGUUUAGUCAUCAUAUUUGAUGGUUGUGAAGGUGUGCCUUAGGCCAACGUCUUGUACAUCACUGCUCACUAUUAGCGGUGACACGCACCAUGUAUUACCACAGUCGGGGGUGAGCUCAGUUUACCUGAAGGGACGAGAGAAACAAUGUAAUUUAUGUUCACAUGCACCAUUUGGUUUUCUAAUUCAUCGUCAUGAAAAACAUAAAUAAAACCUACAGUAUGUUUCUAUUUUCUUGUGUGCUCUGUUUUUUAUUUAUAGACAAAAACAAUGACUCAAUGUUUGUUAAAGAAUGCAAAAUACUUAUAAAGGAAAUUUGUAUUGUUUAUACCUUGAUCAAAAUCUCUGCAGUGAAACAGAAGUUUUUAUUUCUAGUUUGUUCACCAAGAAAGACCUUUUUAAACUUCAUUAUUGACCUUAGUAGAAGAAGUUGACCAAACAAUCCCACCUUAAGGUCCAUUUAGUAGCUCUUCUGGAGCCUUUGUUUAAACAUUAUCAGGUGAUCUUGAUCAGAAGAUGGAGUUUGACCACUUGUUAUAGAAUUGUAAAUGUUUAAAUUUAAAAUUAAAGUGCUUCUGGUAGAUGU